UAAUAUAAAGCUUGGUAAAGUUCUAAAGAAAAUUCUUUAAGCUUCUACGAACGAAAAACUAGUUUUUACAAAUCUCUAGAUUUUUAUGAACAUGAAGUAUCGAGGCUGCAAGGCUGACCGUACGAGCCUUCGGUAUGUUUAAAAGUAAAUUAUAAAACAUGAAGCUAGACAACAUGGCUUCGGUAAAUAUUAACGAUGUGGUAAACAUGUAUCAGACGUUGGUUAAAGACUGGAAUAAAAAGCCGGUUAAUCUAGAGAAAUGUGGCAAACUUUUGAGUUCUUUGAAGGUUGCUUUGACUGGACUAUCAUUUCUUCCAACAUCAACAUCUGUUCCAAAACCGCAAGAAUUGGUUCUUGCCAGAGAUGUUCUAGAAAUUGGAGUACAGUGGAGUGUCGAAAAAAAUGACAUACCUUCCUUUGAAAGAUACAUGGCACAGCUGAAACCAUACUAUUUAGACUAUCGUGGCAUACUCCAGGAGUCACCAUAUAUGUACCAAAUGCUGGGUUUAAACCUUCUUCUCUUAUUGGCUCAGAAUAGACUGGCCGAAUUUCACACAGAACUGGAAUUACUGCCACCAAAUGAAUAUAAUGAGAAUGUUUACAUCAAACAUCCUGUACAGUUGGAAAGGUUUUUGAUGGAAGGAAACUACAACAAAGUAAGUAUUUUUAGCAAGGGAAAUGUUCCAGCUAAAAGUUACCAUGUCUUUAUGGAUAUCUUGAUAAACACUUUACGAGAGGAAAUUGCUGCGUGUUUGGAGAAAUCAUAUCAAAAAAUAUCGUUCAUUGAAGCGCGAAGAAUGUUGUAUUUAGAAUCAGAAAAAGAUACAAAGUCAUUUGGAGCGAAGCGCGGAUGGAAACUAAACACGAAAAAUUUCUACAUCUUUGAAGAAGAGUCUGAGAGCAAAGCAGAGAUCCCGUCUAUUAACACAAUACAACAUAUGCUAGAAUACGCAAAAGAACUUGAGAGAAUUGUCUAAAAUAUGUGAUAAAACUUAUUCUUUCUACUUGUUUCUUGCUUCAAACUAUAAAUAGCAACUAUCUUUACUGUUUACCAUUUCUGGAAAUUAAUGCUAUUUGUCGUUCCCA